AUGUGGCUAAAGAAUCCUGAAACAAUAUAUUUUAAAGAUAUCGACUUUAGUAAUAAGAGUGUUUUAAAAAAGCCGCCCUUUAGGAUUCGAAGGUGUCCUGUUAUUAUCACUUUAGCUGACUCGCACAUAACUGCAGUAGAUAUACAAAAGCUUCUAGAAGCUGGCAUGAAUGUCGCUAAAUUUAAAAUGUCAAGCAGUACGAGAGGAGAUAAAAUACGGCUCCUCGGGAAAAUCGACAAAGCAGCUCAGGCGUGUUCCAUAAAAUAUAAUGUUACAGAUUGGCCAGUAGCUUCUUGUAUAGAACUAAAAACGUGUGUUGUGAAAACCGGCUUAUUAGAAUUUGACAGUGAAUUUAUCACAUUGGAAAAGAAUUCGGAGGUUAUUUUAACGUAUAACAUUUCCUACUUUAACAAAUGCAAUGCUGAAAGGAUUUUUGUUGAUAAUCACUUUUUGGUAAAUGAUGUGACACCAGGCACAGAAAUAUCACUAGCAGCUGAUGAAAUUAUAUUAAAAUGUAUAGGAAUUGUGGACGAUAAAUCAAUCAAAUGCGUCAUCACUAAAGGUGGUAAACUAUCUAACUUGUGCAGUGUCUGCACUCGACAUGCCAAACAUUCAAGACCAUUUAUAACGAAAAAAGAUACAGAAAUUAUAAAAUUCGCUCUGGAAUAUCAAAUUGAUACUAUAAUAAUUAACUAUGUUCGUCAUCCUGAUACAAUCAAAAAAAUAAAGCACCUUGUGCGAGCACUAAAAAUAAAGAGACCUUUCAUCUUAUGUGGUAUAUGUACUGAAGAAGGUCUUGUAAACAUUGAUGAAAUAUUAAAGGAAACUGAUGGAUUAAUACUAUCGCGGGAAUAUCUGCCGUAUGAAAUUGAAAAAUCACAACAAUAUCGACUGACACAAAUUCAGAAGUGGGUUGCAGGCAAAUGUUUACAGGCAGGCAAGCCACUUUAUAUAUCUGGUGGUGUUUUCGAGCAUGCUCUCAAAACUGGUCAUUUUAUUGACAGCGAGAUAUCAGAUAUGACCAACGCUUUAAUGGAUGGAGUCAGUGGAUUUAUAUUAAAAGAAUGCUACAAUACAGAUAUAAUGGUUGAUGUUUUAAAAGGCAUAAAUGAGUUAUGCUAUGCUAUCGAACCCUUAACAAUUAGCAAGACUAAUUUCAGGAGAAUAAUCAAAGAGAUUAAAAUGCCAGUAAAUGCUGCAGAGGCCGCAGUAAUAUCAUGUGUUACUGCCGCUAAUCAAACCAAUAGUAGAGUCAUUAUUGUACCUACGGUCAGCGGCAAAACGAUUCGAUUAUUGCAUUGGUUGAGGCCCUCCUCAAUCGUUAUCACAAUCAGUACUAAUAUUCGAGUAUUAAGACAUCUCCGUAACUACAGAAGUGUUAUGCCAAUCUUAUACAAAGGUGAACAACAUAACAAAUGGGAGAAAAACUUGUCAGCUCGCGUUCUUUUAGCUGUAGAAUAUGCUGUGGAAAAAAGUUGGCUUCUGUACGGUGAUACCUACGUUAUUCUUCAACGGGGAUCUGAAUUCAGUUCCUUCUGUGACGCUGUAACGAUUUGGAAUGUCACGAUCAGCAACAAGCCUUUAGUAGGAUGUGCUGAUAAUGAAGACAAUCCUUUCGUUUCAAACACAUAUUUAGAGUAAUUUUAUAUAGUAAAGUGAUAUCAAUAUUUUUCAGUU